GCGCGCACGCGCACUCGCCUCCGGUCCGCCCGCCGCCACAGCCGAGGCGCCGGGUGCUGUGGAGCGAGCCCGAGGGCACCGCCGCCUGGGACGGCCCGCAGAGCCCCGCCGCCAUGAGUGAAAUUCCUAAGGACUCCUUGAAAGCCAUUCUGUUAGAGUUGGACUGUCACUUUACUUGGAAUUUACUUAAGGAAGAUAUUGAUCUGUUUGAUGUAGAAGAUACAAUUGGGCAACAGCUUGAAUUUCUUACCACAAAAUCCAGACUUGUUCUUUAUAAUUUAUUGGCCUAUGUGAAACAUCUAAAAGGUCAAAAUAAUGAUGCCCUAGAGUGUUUGAAACAAGCAGAAGAAAUAAUCCAGAGAGAACACUCAAAUGAAAAAGAUGUACGAAGUCUGGUCACUUGGGGAAACUACGCCUGGGUAUCUUACCACAUGGACCAGAGUGAAGAAGUUCGGAAGUAUAUAGACAAGGUAGGGAAUGUCUGCAGGAAAUUGUCCAGUCCUUCUGACUACAAGUUGGAGCGCCCUGAGAUUGACUGUGAGAAAGGGUGGGCACUCUUGAAAUUUGGAGGAAAGUAUUACCAAAAAGCUAAAGCAGCUUUUGAGAAGGCUCUGAAAGUAGAACCUGACAAUCCUGAAUUUAACAUUGGCUAUGCCAUCACUGUGUAUCGGCUGGAUGAUUCUGAUAGAGAAGGGUCUGUAAAGAGCUUUUCUCUGGGACCUCUGAGGAAGGCUGUUAUGCUGAACCCAGACAACAGCUACAUUAAGGUUUUUCUGGCCCUGAAGCUUCAAGAUGUUCAUGCAGAAGCUGAAGGGGAAAAGUAUAUCGAAGAAAUCCUAGACCAGGUAUCAUCUCAGCCUUAUGUCCUUCGUUAUGCAGCUAAAUUCUAUAGGAGAAAAAAUUGCUGGGACAAAGCUCUUGAACUUUUAAAAAAGGCUUUGGAGGCGACACCAACCUCUUCUUUCCUGCAUCACCAGAUGGGGCUUUGCUACAGGGCACAAAUGAUCCAAAUCAAGAAGGUCACGCGCAACAGACCUAAAGGAAAAGAUAAACUGAAGGUCGAUGAGUUGAUUGCAUCCGCUAUAUUUCAUUUCAAAGCAGCUGUGGAACGAGACUCUAUGUUUGCAUUUGCCUACACAGACCUUGCCAACAUGUAUGCUGAGGGAGGCCAGUAUAGCAAUGCUGAGGACAUUUUCCAGAAAGCUCUUCAUCUGGAGAAUAUAACUGAUGAUCACAAACACCAGAUCCACUACCACUAUGGCCGCUUUCAGGAAUUUCACUGUAAAUCAGAAAAUACUGCCAUCUACCAUUAUUUAGAAGCCUUAAAGGUCAAAGACAGGUCAUCCUUGCGUACCAAAUUGAUAAGUGCUCUGAGGAAAUUGGCUACCAAGAGACUUUGUCACAAUGCUUUAGAUGUGCAGAGUUUAAGUGCCCUAGGGUUUGUUUAUAAGCUGGAGGGAGAAAAGAGACAAGCUGCUGAGUACUAUAAGAGGGCCCAGAAGAUUGAUCCUGAAAAUGCAGAAUUCCUUACUGCUCUCUGUGAGCUCCAACUUUCCAUUUAAAUACUUCCUCUAGGAAAUGUGGUUUAAGUUCCCCGCCCCCAUUUUGGUUUCUUGUAUUUUGAUUGUUUUGAUCCAUCUUCAUUAUGGAGCCAAUAUAAAAUAUUUUUUGAGUUAACUAUGUACUAGACAUUGUGCUAAAUAUUUUCUAUUCAUUACGAUGAAUUUUGCUGUUUUAAUUCUUUUUUUAAUUACAAUUCCAUAAUUCAUUAAGAAACAGCAAGAGUCCAGCUGUUGUUAUUUUUUAAAUGAUAUGGCCAUUAUGAUUUGACACCCUUUUUCUCUGCUAUUUAUAAUAAUUUUAUGAUUAAAUUUUGUGAAAUUUCCCAUAUUUCUUAUGCUACAAAAACUUGAUAGCUAAGUCAGGAAUACUCUUCAGAAAUGCAAAAUGGUGUUAAACUCUUACCUAUAUAGCUUGCAAAAAACAGAACCUUUCACUUAACAGAUGUUUUGAGUCUAAAAGGAUGUUUUUCAACCUGAAAGUCACCUGAAGAAUUCUUUUUGUUGGAAAAAAUAAUAGUAAAAAGUUUGUCAAUCUUUGUUGACUUCAGUAAAAGGGGGAAACUAGAAUAGGAGAAAAAAGAUAUUCUCAAAUUGUAAAUAUUACAGAACUUAGAUGAUUUAUAAGAAAUUGAAAAUAUUGUCUUCCUGAAUGUUCAAUAUAGACCUAGAAAUUAUGAGAAAAAUGAAUAAUGGAGUAUCAUUAAGCUCAUGUGUUUUUUAACUAGAAAAAUAAACCUACACUGAAUGUAGAUGGAGUUAAUCUUAUUCUUUCCAAUUAAAAUUGCAGUAUUUUUAGGUUAAGAUCAUUGAAAUAAGAAGCAGACCAGCUGAGAAACUGAAAGAACUGAUAAACAAAUGGAUAAAGUAGAUAUCUCUAACCUAUAUUCCCAGACUACCAAGAUUUCAGUAUAUUAAUUGGAUCUGGACUGGGUGGGGCUCUCCCACUUCCAAUUUGGCCUUGUUUAACUGUUUUAGUAUUCCAAAGUGACUUCUGUGAAACUUUGUUUUGUCUAAAAUUUUCAUAUUAUCAGUGCAUAUCUCAGGAUUUUUCUUAGGAAUAGUUAAGCUUUGUUUUUUUCUUAGGAAUAACUAUUCCUAGAUCCUUAGGAAUAGUUAAGCUUUGUUUUCAGUUUUAAUAUUCACCUUGAGGGGUCAUUUCCUAAAGACUUUUAUCCAAGAGGGAUUAAAAACAUCUUAAGUUGGGAUAUUACAGUGUGGUUUCUCUAAUGGUGUAUCUUUGGUGAUAGACCAGUUGUAUAACUACACUGCAUAACUGGAAAAGUAUGCCGUAUACUUAAUUCUCCAUUUUUCCAGUGUAAUUCUUAAAAUUCUUGUGUGUUUGUUUUACUUUAUUUUUUUAGUUCACAGAACUCCAAUUCUUUAUUAAUCACAGCUUGCUCACAAUGACAUACAGGAAAAUAGCACUAAUGAAGAGUAUAUAUGCAGGCAGCAACCUUCAGGAGUUGGGGGGUGGGAGUUGGGGGAGAAACGACUUCAGAACUAUGAUAGAUACUUAUGAUGGGUAUCUGGUGAUUCUCUUAGUUGGCAAAAAUGCCCUGCCUAGCCCCCUUUGACUGUAUCAGCUUCACAGAUUAAGUGAUUUUUUUAAAUUUUUAUUAAUAGGCAGGGUUGCCUCACCCUGGGGAAGAAAGACCAGCUUGAGUGGAAGUCCGCAGUGUUUUGAUUUUGUUUGUGUUUGAAUGCAACAACCAGCUCACAGUUUCCAAGUGGAAAAAUAUUCAGUAGCAUCAUGUAAUUGUACUAUAGGUAAAAGCUUAAAAUGAACAUUAUCAAUCAUGGCAUCCACAAAUAAGCCACCUGACACAUUAAUUAAUUCAUUCCAUCAAAAAAACUUAAACUAGAGAAGUCAGCCCACUUUAUGAAGAGCAAUUUUCCACAUGCUAGGCAAGCCCUCCACUACUUCUUUCACUAUCACCCAAGCUGUACUCAUACUUGUGAUCAUCCUACCUCAGCCUACUGAGUAGAUGGGGUUAUAGGUGUGUAGUGCCAUGCCUGACCCACACAUGCCAUUUUAAGGUACCUCUUUCACAUCCUGUACCUGAGCUGUAUCCGAGUUGGGUUUUUUAAAAUGUUUUGUCUUUUGGUUGCAUUCAGGGCUUCAAUUCAUAUGACCCCAUAGCUCUAAAAAGUUGUUCAGAAAAAGCUUGUUUACAAAAUACUGUUCAUUGCAAAAAAACAGAAAACCAAAUUUAAACUGGCUUUAAAACAGUAACAAAAGUAAAUCUUGUUUUCAGUCAGGACUUGAUCCAAGUGUAACCAAGAUAUAAUUGCUCUCCACUUUCAAAGUCCUUAUUUAUCCAACUUGACUUCAUUCUGAAUUGGUUUUGUGGUCCUAAGAUGACUAUCAUAUGCUUUCAUGUUCCUUUCCAUUGGAAAAGAGCAUAUCUCCUCUCAUAACCAUGUAGGAAGUACAGGUGUGACAGAAUAAUCUUAGAUAACCUUCCCCUUCUUAAAUCAGCCAUCAUGUCCUGUAGGGCAAAGAAAGUAUCAUACUGCUAAGAGCCACUGCCAAGUAAUAUGAUGCAUGGCAUUUUUGGUUGAAAGGUGACGCCUGCUAGCCAUUGAGAUGAUAUGAUUAUGUUAAGAUUUGCAUUCAUAUGGAUAUUGGACUCCCGCUGUUCACCUCGGACUCCUGGAGAGUUCCCAUUGGUUGGGGAAGUACAGUAGGAGGGAAUUCCGGGGGAGGAACUUGUUCUGGGGUUGCGGGAGAACGCCGUGUGUGUGGAUCGGCUUCUUCCCAGACGUGUACAGGGUAUUGGUGGCAGUUUCAAAAAUAAAGUUUGUUCCUGCUUGA